ACAGGGGAGAGACCUUUUAAAUGCUCAGAGUGUGGGAAGAGAUUCAGUCGGAGUGGCAAUCUUCAAUGUCAUCAGAGAACACACACAGGGGAGAGACCUUUUGAAUGCUCAGAGUGUGGGAAGAGGUUCAGUGAGAGUGGCACUCUUCGAAGUCAUCAGAGAACACACACAGGGGAGAGACCUUUUGAAUGCUCAGAGUGUGGGAAGAGGUUCAGUGAGAGUCGGAAACUUCAGAGGCAUCAGAAAACCCACACAGGGGAGAAACCUUUUGAAUGCUCAGAGUGUGGGAAGAGAUUCAGUCAGAGUGGCCAUCUUCAAAGGCAUCAGAGAACCCACACAGGGGAGAGACCUUUUGAAUGCUCAGAGUGUGGGAAGAGAUUCAGUCGGAGUAACCUUCUUCAAAGUCAUCAGAGAACCCACACAGGGGAGAGACCUUUUGAAUGCUCAGAGUGUGGAAAGAGAUUCACUGACAGUGGCAGUCUUCAAAGGCAUCAGAGAACCCACACCGGGGAGAGACCUUUUGAAUGCUCAGAGUGUGGGAAGAGAUUCACUGACAGUGGCAGUCUUCAAAGUCAUCAGAGAACCCACACGCGGGAGAGACCUUUUGAAUGCUCAAAGUGUGAGAAGAGAUUCAGUCACAGUGGCACUCUUCAUCGUCAUCAGAGAAUCCACACAGGGGAGAGACCAUUCGAAUGCUCAGAGUGUGGAAAGAGAUUCAGUCGGAGUGGCAAUCUUCAGAGGCAUCAGAGAACCCACACCGGG